GGUUCUCCUACGCAAUCCAGUAGGAAAAAUAGUAUCGUGUGCCGUUGGCUUAGUCGUUGAGAUGAUAAACGAGAAGAGGAAUUAUCCAGGGCCCCGGGGGACUGCCAAUCACGCAAAGCGCCCUGGAGUCACCUUAGGAGUUUCAUAAUGGCAAAAGAUUAUUGGCUCACAUUGCCUAUAUUUCUUCUCGUUUAUCAUUUCAACGACUAACAUUGUUUUCUAAAUUUAUAAUAAAAAAUUAUCUUCAUGGUCAUUAUACAUAUGUAACAUCGUAUAUUCUAAAUUAUUUUAUUAUUGUGCUUUCAUAUGUAUGUUCAAAUUUUGCGUAAUUUUCUUUUUAGGUUUCUUGCUCAAGGUGGAACAAUCCAAAGUUUGCAUAAUAAAUUCCGUGUUGGUAAGAGCACAGUAAAUCUAAUCAUUAAAGAGACCUGCAAGGCAAUAUGGGAGAAGCUGCAGCCUAUUUAUCUGCCUCGGCUGACUAGGAACGAUUUUGAAAAAAUUGCUGCAGAAUUUUUUGAUCUGUGGCAACUUCCUAAUUGUAUGGGUGCUAUUGAUGGAAGACAUAUGCGCAUUAAAGCGCCACCUAUGUCAGGUAGUGAAUUCUACAAUUAUAAGGGAUUUUUUAGUAUCGUUGUUUUGGCAGCAGUAGAUGCCCAUUACAAAUUUACUUGGGUGGAUAUUGGACAGUAUGGAUCCAUAAGUGAUGGUAGAGUUUGGUCAAAUUCUGACUUUGGACAAGCUUUGGAUCAUGGCGAAGUUGACCUUCCACUGGACAAACCUCUUCCUGGAACCGACAUCCCCUUCCCACACUUCUUUGUGGGUGAUGAAGCUUUUCCCUUAAAGAAGUACCUUAUGCGCCCCUUUUCUGGAAGGAUGCAGCAGGUACUGUCAGCCCGGGAAAAAAUUUUCACAUAUGAUCAUAUAUAAUCAUAUAUGCUCAUAUACGAAAAAUGUC